CCCGCCCCGCGCCGCGCACGGUCCCGCCGUGCGUCCGAGGCCGCUCCAACUGCUAUGUAACCCGCCGGCUGCGGCCGGAAGGGAACUGGGGAGAAGAGGAUCUCGGGCCGUAACCCCUGGGAGCCAAGUUUGCAGCCACUUCUGCGCGCGCUUUCCUCUAGCCUUCGUCUGGCCGGGCUGCCCUUGCCCUCGUCGCGCGCCCGGCGGCCGAGGUUCCCGACGACCAUGGUGACAGUGGAGAAGCUGCAGGAGAUGGACGGCAGCGUGCUCAAAAGGCUGAUGAACCGGGAUGAGAGCGGCGGCGGGCACGGCGCCCUGGGGCUGGUGAGCGGCGGCAAGUGCCUGCUGCUGGACUGCAGACCGUUCCUGGCGCACAGCGCCGGCUACAUCCGAGGCUCGGUCAACGUGCGCUGCAACACCAUCGUGCGGCGGCGGGCCAAGGGCUCCGUGAGCCUCGAGCAGAUGCUGCCCGCCGAGGAGGAGGUGCGCGCGCGCUUGCGCUCCGGCCUCUACUCGGCGGUCAUCGUCUACGACGAGCGCAGCCCGCGCGCCGAGAGCCUCCGGGAAGACAGCACCGUGUCGCUGGUGGUUCAGGCGCUGCGUCGCCACGCCGAGCGCACGGACAUCUGCUUGCUCAAAGGUGGCUACGAGCGGUUUGCCUCUGAGUACCCAGAGUUCUGCUCCAAAACCAAGGCUCUGGCAGCCAUCCCACCCCCGGUGCCCGCAAGCACCGUGGAGGCCGUGGACCUGGGCUGCAGCUCCUGCGGAACCCCGCCCCACGACCAGGGGGGCCCUGUGGAGAUCCUGCCCUUCCUCUACCUCGGGAGUGCCUACCAUGCUGCCCGGAGAGACAUGCUGGACGCCCUGGGCAUCACAGCCCUGUUGAACGUCUCCUCGGACUGCCCCAACCACUUUGAGGGACACUAUCAGUACAAGUGCAUCCCGGUGGAAGACAACCACAAGGCUGACAUCAGCUCCUGGUUCAUGGAGGCCAUCGAGUACAUCGAUGCCGUGAAGGACUGCCGUGGGCGGGUGCUGGUGCACUGCCAGGCGGGCAUCUCGCGCUCCGCCACCAUCUGCCUGGCCUACCUGAUGAUGAAGAAGCGGGUCCGGCUGGAGGAGGCGUUCGAGUUCGUCAAGCAGCGCCGGAGUAUUAUCUCGCCCAACUUCAGCUUCAUGGGGCAGCUGCUGCAGUUCGAGUCGCAGGUGCUGGCCACGUCCUGUGCUGUGGAGGCUGUCAGCCCCUCGGGGCCCCUGCGGGAGCGGGGCAAAGCCACCCCCACGCCCACCUCACAGUUUGUCUUCAGCUUCCCUGUCUCUGUGGGCGUGCACUCGGCCCCCAGCAACCUGCCGUACCUGCACAGCCCCAUCACCACCUCUCCCACCUGUUAGAGCCUCUCUCUCAACCCCCAGAGCCGGAAGUCGGCUUCCAGCAAGAGGCAGGGCCUCCCACACGUGGCAGCAAGUCAGAACUGACUAGCAGGGGCCGGUGACCAGCUCCUUCUCCAUCCAUUUCUCCUUGGCCGUCCUCCGGGCCAGCUAGAAUGGCAAUAAGGACUUUGAAUACAUACCACAAACGAACAAACGCCAACUUAGAGCAAUAACGCUGCGGACACAGCCGGGCAAGACCUCGGCUUGGUUUGUGUGUCAGUUUUACUUUUGAGAUAGAAAAUUCUUACCUCAUUUUUUUAAGCAGUAAGGCUUGAAGUUAGGAAGUCCACAGAUCCUGGCAAAUGUGCCCAACCAGUUUUAUUGGGAGGCGAGGGUGGGGGGCGGGCAAGGGAUAAGAAGCAAACAAGUUUCCCAGAAGUGCCUGGAUUUGUGUUCUUGUUACUUUUUCUGUUAUCACCGUAGAGGAAUUUUGUCCCUCUGCCCCACCCCUCCGCCUUUUUUUUUUUUUUUAAGAAACCUUGUAGGACAUGGUUUUCAUUUCUAAGUCACCAACAGAUUAAUACUUAUACUUAAUAAUAAAUAAAGGUAUUUAUUAAGAACUUCCUCAGAGUAUGUAAGUACCAAGGGAUCUAGUGACAGUGAACUUACAAUCUAUGUAGUUGUCCAACAACGCAGCACAAUACAAUAGCAUGUCAUUGCCAGAGCAGUUAGUACCUGAUCGCCCCUAGGGGUGUACAGCCUAGCGCCACCAUCGGGCAGCCCUCGUUGUCCCUGAGCGGCAGGUGGGGUGGGUGCAGGAAGAAACGAAGGGACUGCCUUCCCAUGACUCUGGAGCUGGUUCCGGGGCCCACAGGCUCCUGAAGCUACGUAAACCACAACAAUAGGACCUUCUCUCUCCGGCGAUCCAGAAUUUGGUUCGGUGGUGGGCGCCAUUUGCCCUAGCCGUGCCAAGGACCCGCCUACCACCUGUGAUAAAUGCCAUAUCCCAUUAGGUGCUCCUGAAAAACCGGGUGCAACUCUGAUUUUCCUACAGGGAAUCAUUUGGCCACCAAGCGAUACAUAAAUUAUACUUUCAUCACAAAGUAUAAUGAUUUCGGACGGACGGCUAAGUCGAGAGAUCGAAACUGAAUCCUUUUGUAAGUUGCAAGGCCCCGCUUUUCUCUCGUGGAACCUUGGGUCUUUCAUUUUAGGGGGCUGACUUGGCCAACAGGUCUCCCCUGGUCUCCGUGCAUGUUGUGAAGUGCCCUCGAAUGAGAGGAGCAGUGUGGACUCCCCGGUCCAGGUCCCUGUCAGCCGGCAGAGGGCAGGCUCAGAGAAGGGGGGAUGGGAGCAAACUCCUUGUCCGGGGGCUGGCUCUGGGUUCAGUGCUCUUUUAGAAUCCUUUCCUGGGACAAUGCCAUCUGGAGAGGCCUUUCCACAUGGAGGAAUGGCUUUUGGAAUGCGGAGG